GCGGCCUGUAUUCCCGGUUGGGAAUUUGAUUUCCCAGUUGCUGAAUUGGACACAUGAGCGGUUCCAGCACCGCGGGAUCCCGGAUGGUUGGGAGGUAUGUGGAUAUUUUGCUUCACAUUACGGUAGGAGGAGGAGCGGUGGCACAACAUGGUGACUUACUUCCCCCUUCCCAUCCUUUAUAAGAGGUCCCUGUGAUCUUCAGCAGGAGGUUCUGGAGAAGAAGAUGGUGGCUGCCUGUGGUUCCCCUCCCUUCCAGGGGCCCCUUACAGCUGCCUCUAUAUGGACACAUGGUAAGGAAUUGCUAUGUAUGCAAUUCCCCUGCAUUGUAUAGUCCCGCUGGAGCCUGGCAAUUCCUCAGACUGCACAUGAUAAGGCCUGUGUGCUGAGCGUGUGAGGGCAGUGCCAGCGCCGCGUCCUGUCUCUGGUCGCCCCCCGCAGUGAACAUGGGGCGGGACCGCUGCUUCCUUAUCCGGGGUAAGGAGGAGGCCUCCACCUCGGGCCUCGGACUGUGUUAUCUGCUCGUCCCAUGCCAGGGAUACCCAGACCGGGGUGACCGAUGCAGCGGGCAUCGGGGAGGCCCUCCCGAGUCCCCGCAUCUGAUGAAACAUGAAGAUCUUAAGUCGGGUGUGUGUGUCCAGUCUGCUGCUCUGUGUCAUCCUCUGGUUGUGCUGGAUUAAAGCAAACAUCAAGGAACCGGCAGAGCCGCCAUCUUUUCUACCUCACGAACUGCAGCUCUGGGGAUACAGCAGACUUCCAGAUGGCGAGCCUCUGGUCAGGAAUCCCUGUAAAACCUGCGCCGUGGUGUCCAGCUCAGGGCAGAUGCUUGGCUCUGGCCUGGGGCCGCACAUUGACCAGGCCGAGUGCGUCCUGCGCAUGAACACAGCUCCUACUCUCGGCUACGAGUCAGACGUCGGCAGCCGCAGCACCCUGAGGGUUGUGUCUCAUACAAGUGUACCUCUACUGCUACGCAACCAGACCUACUUCUUCCAGCACUCCCAGGACACUGUGUAUGUGAUUUGGGGACCCCCCAGACAGAUGGACGUUGACCACGGGAUCAUGUAUCGCGCCUUGGUACGAGCUAAGGGCAAGUUUCCUGGAGUUAAUAUCUACACGCUUACUCAGAAUAUGAUGGCCCACUGUGACCAGGUCUUCCAGAAUGAGACUGGGAAGAACAGAGCCAUGUCUGGUACGUUCCUUAGCACUGGCUGGUUCACUAUGAUCUUGGCCAUGGAUCUGUGUGAGGAGGUCUCCGUGUACGGGAUGGUGAGCGAGAACUACUGCAGGGACAGCUCACACCCGCCGGUGCCUUACCAUUAUUAUGAAAAGGGGCGGCUGGAUGAAUGUACGACUUACAUGAUGCACGAGAGAGCGUCACGGGGAGCCCAUCGCUUCAUCACCGAGAAAGCCGUCUUCUCCCGCUGGGCCCGAAGGAAACGGAUCUAUUUUAAACACCCAUCCUGGGAGGCUUGAGGCUGGCAGCGACCUCCUUUUUAUACUGACAAGCAGCCAUUUUUUUAACGGAGGCAGGUAAAGCGGAUGAUCUCAGGCGUCAGUCCCCGCAGCUCUUGACGUUCCGUGGAAAUCACAGGAGAAAAGUAUUAUGACAAUCCUAAACCUGCUCAUUUAUUUGUAUACUUUUUAUGACUCUUUUAAGACAUUUGCCGCUUGCAUGUGUUUGGGGGAGGCACAGGGUAAAAGCAAGCGGGUGCACGUACAUUAAGUAGGCGUUUGUAGUGCUCUCGGAAGAACUGAGGCCACGUACAGACGCUACUUUGCUGCUGUGACGUGCACCGAGCAGCAUCAUGCUGGAUUUUGUAUGGAUCAAGCAGUAUUAUUUAUUUAUGUGGUUCUAAUCAUGGCUUCUGCAGUUCCUCCAAGCACCACCGGGGGGAGCCACAAACCUCAGUGUUAAAACAACAGUUUUUUUGUUGGCGCAGCAAAUCUUUUUAACAAUUCCACUUGUGUACGGCAAGUUCUGACAACCGCAAGUUAUUACAGGUACUGGGGACUUUGUUAGUAUCACAGGCCGCUAAAGGGGCCCUCCGGAUUUAUUAUUUUCUGAUAUUUGUGCAGGGCUAUCUCUGGCAGAGAGAUGAAUGGAAAGGCAGCAUGCAAGUGCGACCGCCACUCCAAAGGCAUCCCAGCAGUCAGACCCCCACGAUCAGAUAUUUAUCACCUAUCCUGUGGAUAGGCAAUAAAGUUCUUAUGGUGGGACAACUCCUAUAAGCCAGCUGUUGCUAUAAAGUUAUGAGUUUUCUAGGGAUGAGUGGAGUGCAAUAGCCUCAAAGAUGAGAUUUCAUUAAAGGAUAUGGACACCUUUGAGGGCUUUUUGUUUAGGAUUGCAUUUUACUCAUUUUGGGUUAAAAGUCAUUUUUUUCAAUUGGUCUUUAUUAAAAAUGUUCAGCUGUUUCUGAGACACAAGGGUUAAAACUCAGUCCGUUUGCAAGUCCUUUGUGUUUUCUUUAAAUCCUGUCAGCUGACAGCUCAUGUGUAGCUCUUAUCAGACCUAUUUAAGCCAUAUUCUUAUCAAGUUUGAUAAACAUUGAGCCAUAAUGAUCGUUUAGGAGGUCAGAAGAUCAGAGAUAAGAGCUACACAUGAGCCGUCAAGUGACGGGAUUGAAAGAAAACAGAAAGUGACAGCUUGCAAACAGACAGAUUUUAACACCUGUUAGGCUCCAUU